GAUUUGGUCGGAACGGUUUCCCGAACCCCGCGCCGCCGCCGACACCAAAUGGUGGCUGGCGGCGGCGGCGAUGGCGGUGCUCACCGUGGCCACGAUCGCCGGUAACGCCGGCGUGGUGUCGGCGCUUUGGCGAGCGCGCCGAUCACCGCAGCACUACCCGUUGGUCAGUCUCGCCGCCGCGGACUUGUUGGUCGGCGUGAGCGUGCUGCCACUGGCGGCUGCUAGGGAGCUGUUUACUUUUAGACUAAGUUUCAUCAUCUGCGCCUGCUGGAGCACACUCGAUGUCCUCUGCUGUACCGCCUCCAUCCUGUCCCUCUGCGCGCUCGGCUGGGAGCGCUACCGCGGCAUCACCGACCCGCUGUCGCGCGCCGACCGCGCCAAAAAAGCUAAACUACUCGCUGUGCUCAUUUGGCCGGCGGCGGCGGCCGUGGCGCUGCCGACGACUUUUGUGAAGACGAAUAGCGUGUCGACCAACGAAAUGGAUAAGGCGUGCACGGUUAAUACUAAUCCUAGCUACGUGUUUUUCAGCGUUGCCUUCUCAUUCUACAUACCGACGUGCAUCAUGCUAGUGCAGUACGGUCUGAUCCUGCGCGCCUUGGCGUUACGGCCGCCGAUCCGCGCUCACAGGGGCCAGCGUCCAGUUAUGGAGAUGGACCAGAUGAAGUGCCCGGAAGCCUCGCAACAAAUAGACGAAGCAGGAGCAGCAGAGCGACAGAGACGGGCUACUAUCACCAUAAUUCGUCUCAUGUGCCUUUUCCUGAUAUGCUGGACUCCGUUUUUCAUCAUGUUACCAGUAGAUUCCCUCUGCGACUGCGUACGCGACUCCACCUGGCAGUGGUGCACAUGGCUCGGAUAUACCAACUCGGCCCUCAAUCCUGUAGUAUACGCCGCGGCCGCCACCAGGGUUCGUCGGGCGUUCGAAGCACUGCUCAAGAGUAAGUAUUAA